AUGUUUUUCCGUAACGUCUUGUUUUGCUCCAAGCCUUCUCCUUCUCCGAAUCCUUUCAUCCUUCCACCCACAACAACAACAAACACCACCUCCACCCACAAUCAUCCCUCAGAAGUGGCGGUUGGAAAUAAAUCAUUGGAGGAUCAAAUUCCUCAAGAAAUAUACCGAAUGAUUGAUGAGAUCAUGAAUCAAGACUCGGAAGAAGAUUCAAAAACCAUCGAUCAAGAAGAGGAUGAAAGUAUCAUUCAAGAUUUUGAUCAAGUUACAAAUAGUUCCGACUCUGCAUCAUCUUUUCGUUCUACUACGGAUUUCAUACUUCCCGAUCCCACUCAAGUUUUACCUCAGCCUUCUCAUCAUCAACAAGUAGCAACACAUUUAAUUGCAAGUCCUGAUGGCUCUCUUGAGUUUGAAAUGAUUCUUCCACUUCGGUAUGAACCUGUGAGAGAUGAAAGCACUGGUUGUGUGAAAAUUCUGGGACAAGGUGGAUAUGGAGUGGUCAUUGCUUGUUGGGACAAAUUUCAUCCCAUCUCCCUAAACUCGACAGAUAUGCCAUUCGAAAUGGAAAAUCAAUCUUCUCUAAAUUUCUCAAAGCAUGAACAACAAACAACAAGCUAUCGAAUGGUGGCGGUUAAAAAAGUAAAGAAUGUUUUCGAAAGUGGAGCUCCCUAUCGAAUGCUAAGAGAAAUUAAAAUUAUGAGACAUUUGAGACAUCAUGAAAAUAUUGUGGAACUUGUGGAUGUCUAUAUUUCGACUCAUUCAAGGAAUGGACCGUAUUGUUUAAAAGAACUUAAAGAUUUAUAUAUUGUGAUGGGAAUGAUGCAAGAUGGUGAUUUGAAAAUGUAUUUGAAUCGGCUAGGAAAGAAAAAGCAAUGCAUUCCAAUUGAGUUUGUGAAAAAUGUAAUGCGACAAUUAGUGAGUGCUAUGGAAUAUAUGCGAUCAUUUGGAGUACUCCAUCGAGAUUUAAAGCCUGCCAAUGUACUAGUACAGACCAAUGCUACUAAUGAAGAGAAUCACAAGGAACAUGUUCAUGUGAGAAUUUCUGACUUUGGAUUAAGCACAAGCGAAAGCGAUCAUCCAGGACAAUCUCCAAAUUCCAUGUACGUGGUCACACGUUAUUAUCGAAGUCCUGAAGUCAUUCUACAAUAUGACACCCAGACCAGCAGUGUUGAUUCUUGGUCUCUAGGAUGUAUUUUUGCAGAAUUAUUGUACAUGUUGGGCCCAAAGCCAAUUCGAAGACCUCUCUUUCUCGUUCAACAAAGUGGCCAAGAUAUGAAAGGAAUUAUUGAACAUUUAAAUUUAAUCACAUGCCUUUUGGGAAAACCAAAGGACCUUAAUGAUAUUAAGGGCGCAGACGGAGCUCGUGAUUUUUAUGAACAGCAUUUUAAUGAAUUUUAUGAGGAAGGUGUGAAUUUGAAAGCAAUCUUUCCCUCUGCUCCUGAAGAAGCUCUUGAUUUAUUGAGAGAAUUUUUACAGUGGAAUCCAGAAAAAAGAAUAACAUUUGCCAAUGCAUUGAAACAUCCAUUUUUAUUGGCUCAAGAGAAUGAGCAUGUGGAAAAUUUAACAUUAUCAUCGUUACAUCUUCAUGAAAUGCAUCAACAUGGUAUGACAAACAACAAAGCUUCUUCCAGUGGUGACGAUCAGAUUGUGAUCGAAUCAGAUUCUCAAAAAAAAACAUCAAAGACCUCACAACAACAUUCUCUGAAUCGCCAAAAACAACAACAGCACCGAAUUGAGUUUAAUUUCCAAACGAAAUGCGAUGCCACAACCUUACGGUAUUUAUAUUACAAAGAAAUGAUGUAUUUAAAUCGUGUCAUCCUGAUGGCAUCACCACAGCCAGAAGAAAAUGCUUAA